AUGAGUCAUCACCAUCAACAUCAUUCACAUCAUCAACAACAUCAUCCAGUUGUACAGACAUACUAUGGUAAUGGAAGAAUAGAUGUAACUGAAAAGUAUCAGUUUAGUUAUGAAGUAGGUUCGGGUACCUAUGGUAUGGUCUACAAAGCAGAGGAUAAAAAGAAACAUAAUAGAGUCGCUAUCAAAAAGUUUAGAAGUACUAAAGAAGGUGAAGGUUUAUCUUUGACUGCUUGUAGAGAGAUUGGUUUAUUAAGAGAAUUAAGACAUGAAAAUAUAUUAACAUUAAUGGAUAUAUGUUUAAACCCAAAAGAUAAAUCUUUAAACCUUGUAUUUGAUUAUGCCGAAUAUGAUUUAUUUGGGAUAAUAAAAUAUCAUAGAGAACAUGGUACUUAUUGUUCAGAUUUAACAGUGAAAUCAUUGAUUUGGCAAAUAUUGAAUGGUAUACAUUACUUGCAUAGUAAUUGGGUGAUACAUCGUGACUUGAAACCAUCGAAUAUCUUGGUGAUGGGAGAGGGAAAGGAAUUGGGGACUGUCAAGAUUGGUGAUUUUGGUUUGGCUAGAAUCUUUCAAUCUCCGUUACGACCGUUACACGAUAAUGGUGUGGUCGUUACUAUUUGGUAUCGGUCUCCCGAACUGUUACUCGGUUCAAAACAUUAUACGUGUGCAGUUGACAUAUGGGCUAUUGGUUGUAUAUUUGCAGAGUUGUUGUCUACCAAACCUCUGUUCCCGGGUAAAGAAAAGGAUCCGAAAAUACCAUCACUCUUUCAAGACGACCAAAUCGAAAAAAUAAUUAGAAUACUCGGUCAGCCUACUCUAGCAGAUUGGCCUGAUCUAAAGGCAAUGCCAGAAUACAGAAAAAUACCUACCAACACUGAACAAAAUCCAACUUCAAAACCAGAUACAACACCAUUAGCAGAAGCAUCAAGAUUAGAAGUAAAUACAGCAGCUUAUGAUUUAUUGGUUAAAAUGAUUGCAUAUGAUCCAUGCAAGAGAAUCACUGCUCAAGAAGCACUUGAUCAUCCAUAUUUUAAAGAGGCACCCGUUCCAAUUGCCAAUGCGUUUGGUAAAAGUGCUAGUGUUGCUGGUUAUCCAAUUAGACAACAAUUAAAUACUAAAAAAAUGCCUACCAAUGUUAAAAAGGAUCAGGGUGAACCUUAA